CGGAAAGUUUUGCAACUAUGCUCCGUGCCUAUGCUCCAGCGUCAACCGAGGGAUCAUAUACCCCGACACUAAAUGAGGUCAUUGAAGCUUUGCCCUGUGAAAGAGACGGAGAAAAUGUCAGCGGGGAUCAGAAGUCAGAAGACAGAUCUCCCACCAGAAAUUCUGACAAUUCUCAGUGGGAGGAGUCAGGUCUGGAGAAUUAUGAAGUACUCAAGUCACCAUCAGAGUUCUUUUGUGGGCAGGUAGAGGCCAACAGUUCUCGGAUGUACUUCCUGUUUCACGUGCCUCGGGAGCAUGGGUUGAGUCACCAGAAUUUUUCCUGUAAAGGAUGUUUCAGGCCAAUUGGAAUAAUUUAUGGGCAGCCCCGCGUCUGUGAGUUUGAUGGAGGCUUGUAUUGCCAGGGAUGCCAUGAGAACAAGGAGGCCUAUAUUCCUUCCUUGGUUCUCUAUGAUUGGGACUUCAGGAAGAAGAAAGUUUGUGAAGACAACUACAAGUUCCUGCAGGAGCUGGAAGAUCAAGCGCUGUACGAUGUUGAGGAGUUAAACCCUAAGCUCUACGCCCAUGUUCCUGAACUCCAGGAGCUGAAGCUUCUUCGGCAACAGUUAUGCUACCUAAAAUCUUACCUGUUUACGUGUUCUCAAAAAGUGGCAGAGUCCCUGCGACAGAAAGUGUGGCCUAGAGAACAUUUAUACGACAGGCGGGAUCUGUACUCUCUCACGGAUUUUCUACAAGUUCAAUCUGGCACCCUGCAGAAGUUAGUCAAGGAUGUAGUCAAGUUCUCCUCCCAGCAUGUCUACGACUGUGUCCUGUGCAGUCAGAAAGGUUUUGUGUGUGAGAUCUGCCGCAACCCUCAGGUUAUCUACCCGUUUGAAGUGAACACAACCAUUAGGUGCCAGGUGUGCAAACAAGUCUAUCAUCAGUCAUGCAAGACCGAAAGCCAGCCAUGUCCUAAAUGUGAAAGAUGGGGUCGACAUAUCAGUAACAGCAGUAUUAGCGAGGACCACCCAGAGGACUAUGGAAUGUCACCACGUUCAUAA